CGCUCUGCCGUCAUGUUCGGUUCGCGGAACAAUCCACCAUCUGAGGCGCACGGGGAGUUUGAGACUGUGCCUCAGCAGGACCUCACCAAGAAAUCCAGACGCGAUGCAGAAGAGUCUCUCUAUCCUCUAUGGCAGCCAAUCUGGCUUACCAAGACUGCUAUCCUUCUUCUGGUGUCUCUUUUUGUCGCCAUCGGUGUUGCUCUAAUCGCUCUGUGGGCUGCUAUCAGUCGGGGCGACGGCAUUCAGUUGACCGUCACCUCGAGUCAUUACGCCUGGACCUAUGGUCCUACCGCCAUCUUGAUUUUAAUAGUCGGUCUGUGGAGGCAGGUGGACUAUUACACAAUGAUUCUACAGCCCUGGAAAAAUCUGCAAGAGGGGCCCGGCGCUGCCUCAAGGAGUCUACUUCUCGAUUAUGUCUCCCCGUUCUGGGUUAACGCUUUGUCCAACGCUGUACGAGCUCAAGAAGCUCCUGUCGCCAUCGCCAUCGUCGCUACUGUCAUUCUCAAGCUACUAGUAAUCCUCUCCACCGGUUUACUCGUACGUUCAGAAACCACAUUUACCCAACACGAUAUUCCUGCCAAGUUCUCAACCAAAUUUGAUGCCAAGCCGUGGGCCGAUGCUUUCGAUGAACGAUUGUUCAGCGACAGCCCUGAGUCUGCACUGAUCACAGGAAUGCUGAAUCGCGAGAUAAAUUCCACGCAGAUCGGUAAUGCAUAUUACGCCAUCAAGAAGAACGGCGCCGACCCCCCUGCUGGCUUUCUCAACAACAGAGCUUACCAGUCUUUCGUGUUUGAUGGAUCUUCACCUCCCAAAGGCUCGAAUCUGACAGUCAUGGUCGACGUCUUCGUUCCUGAGACACGUUGUGAACCGGCUGAUGUGACCAUCCUGGAUCCCGAUAUGAAAAUCCCAGACCGACUGAAUAAGAGAAAACUCAGGCCACCACCAGGCGCCGAUAAUCCCAACCCGAACUUGGCCUUUCAUAUCGACGUGGAUUCACCGAAUUGUCAUGUGAAAAAUUUCGAAGUCAAGAGAAGAGACUUUUGGUACCCAGAGAUAGAUAUGCCACUCAGGGAACCGUGGCCUUCCCACGAGAUCACACCCUGGAUGGUAUGGCAGAAUUGCUCCCAGCCCUCCAAGAAAAAAUCAGAAACUGAUUGGAAGACCUACGAGGCUUCCGAUGGAAACUAUCGCUGGAUGUUGCUUUUGCUCGAUAUAUCGUACAACAUGACGCUUGGGCCCCCGAAAGAAAUCCCUGGCAACGAUAUAGUACGCAACGUCACUAGUUGGUCGGGAAGAGUAAACAAAGUGAGCUCGGCAAUAUGUGACCUGAAGUAUACAAUGUCGACCGCCCCACUGACUGUGGUGCUUGGCGAUGACGGCAUUCCUUCACAAUAUUUCCUCGGCGACCACGUCCGUUCGGAGAAUAAACACCUGCACAAUUUGACCGAUAUCAUGCUCAACCAAGCGAUUACAAGUACAUUCGCGAAUUCGGACUUCGCGUUUCCAAUCAACCAGACGGGGGCUGCAGGCAAAUUCCACAUGGCUGGAGGACUCGUCCGUCUGUUCCAGCUAAUGGAAACCUUUGCGGGCGCGACCCCGGUUCCAUUCGAAUCUCUUGUGGACGUCCGGCGCAUGGCUGCAGCAGCCGAAGAUGUUUUCAGUGGCCUGUCAGCGCUAUAUGCAGCUUUAAACAUGACAGUCCCCAAUGAUGCUAGUGGCAUGGGAUUUUUGACCAACACCGAACAACGCCUGCACAUCAACGCGGUGUCUUUAUGGUUAAUGUUUUCGUGUGUUGCUAUACUUACUGUACUUGGAGCUACCCUUGCAUUUGUACGUCCGGUACACGUGGUGCCGCACUCCCCGGAUACUGUCGAGGCAUCUGCGAUUUGCCUCAAGUCUAGUAGUUCUGACGUGAGCGACAUACUAAGUGGAUUAGGGCACGCAAACAACGAGGAAUUGGCAGAGCGCCUCGAGAAGUACAAAUUCCAAACCUCACCAGGCUCAUGCCAAUUACAAGCCACAAUCAGCAGCGGAGACGCUACUCCAAAGACCUCGAAGGACCGCAAACGUUCAUCGGACACAAAAAGGAAGCCUUGGAUCCCUUUUUCUAUUCAAUACACUACGAUUGUAUGUACAGUCACCCUCGUAGUCGCUGUCAUCGUUGCGCUCGAGGUACUUCAACGUCUUUCCGAUCAACGUCAAGGUUUAUUGACAAUCGAUGAUCAUCUCGUACGAGAUUACAUUUCUUGGGCAUCUACUCUUGUACUUUUCGGCGUGUCCACACUCUUCGGCAGUCUAGACUACACGGUAUCCUUGUUCAGUCCGUUGAUCUCUCUAAGACGAUCACCAACGACCGCUCGCCGAACCGUCCAAAACAAUCUGGUGCGACGUAAUGCUGUGGAGGGACUGUGGGUAGCCCUUCGACACAGACAUUUUGGCGCAGCCAGCUCCAGACUGGCCGUUUUUUGCGGCGCUUUUCUCACAAUUAUUUCAUCGGGCCUGUGGACAUUGGAUUCUGACGUGACUAAGGAGAGCAGUGUAAUCGUCCAAAGACUUGAUUCCUGGAAUCCAUUAUGGCUAAACAGUCAAUUCGGGAUAGAUAACUACGCAGCAGCGUCGUUGGAUCUCCAGCUUCAUAAGAAUAUGUCUGGUCCUGAGUAUACGUGGGGCGAACUGGCAUUUCCAAUGUUCCAUAUCGAUAAAUACUCCGCGGCCUCCUCCUCGUCACCGAAAAGCCGAAAUCUCACCCAUGUCAUAGACUUGCCAACCCUCAGGGCAAAUCUCGUAUGUGUUAAGAUUCCCAACGAAGCUAAACACAUCUCGUAUGAAACUACCAUAUACGAUCACUUAGUCAGUGUCUCGGUAGCCUCCCUUGUACCACCGCAAUGUCCCGUAAAAGACGUUAUCGUAUUCAGAGACGCACUUAGCUACAGUCAAAGGGUUGGUGAAGUCCCGAAACCAGGUUUCGGGGGGAUGCUGCGUGACUGGCCAACAGUCGCGAGGAAUGAGAGUCUCAACUGUGACCAGGUCGAAUGUCCCCCAGAGCCACACGGAUGCCCUUCCUUGUUGCUCGUUUUCGGAACUCUUCAAGUGCAAAAUAAUACGUCGCCCAAAGACAUCACUGCCUUUAACUGUUUACAGCAGCUUCAGGAAGUCCAGACCCGGGUUGAAUUCAAGGUGGUAUCUAUCGAAGACGGCAGGGACCGGAUCGAAGUCAUUGGAACUCCACAAACCGAUGAAUCGAGCGUCCGUUUCCUCACGAACGGUACAGCCGGCAUAUCCGCCUUCCCGUACCACAUCGAGAACCAGAUAUCUGCAAGUCUUAGCCGGGUGGGUCACCCAUCAGGAGGUUUCACCGUUCUAGACGACCAGGAUAGGCGUUGGGACCCCAUAAUCGAUAACAUUGUCGAAGCACCAAACACGUCACCCGAAGACUUCGCAGGCCUCGAGAACGGGGACAAGCUCUUGGAUGCCGUUCAACACCUCUAUCGACAAUACAUGGCGCAUGCGAUUCAUUUCAACAUGCGGCGAAACAUGACGGAAUUGCCCGAUGAGAACACGCCUCUCCCCUUCAACGCGACAAAUGUACGCAGCUUCAACGGUACCGUCCGUCGAUCAGAAACCACAAUGAAAAUGGACGCUACUUCCAAACUCAUCCUUCAAAUCUUGCUCGGUGUCAUGCUUGCUUGCGGCGUGGUCACCCUUUCGCUGGCUAGAGUCAGAGGCACGCUGCCGCACAACCCUGGAACCAUUGCGGGGACUAUGAGCUUGGUCGCUGGGAGUCGCUGGGUCGACGAGAUGGACACUAUCGAUGCAGAGGUGAAGAAAGAGCAGAAGUUUGCUCUAAGGUGGUGGCCGGAUCGAACCGGAAGCGGGAAUGAAGAUGGAAGCGGAGACGAAGGCCCUAAUGAGCGCGAUCAGUUGGUCACUGGUUCAUCCGGCGAAGAAGGAUUGAGGGGUACCAAGGGCAGGUUUGGCGUUGAUGUUGUCGAUGAGUAA